AUGGAGAACCCGCCCGACUUUUACCGGAUCAUGUCUCUCCGCCUGUCCAGGGCGCUAAGCGACAUUGGCGUCAACAGUUGGAUGGUGAGGAGAAGAAGGAGAACUUUUCUCAUGUUAGAGGCGGACAAUACGAUCAAUCGUAAACUACAAGGACAUGAUGUUACCAUAUUCUAUUUCGGGAGUCAGUCAGAGGGAACAACAACACCGGGACUAAACUCCGAUAUUGACAUAUUAUUCUGCUAUAACGACACCAACAUCAUGUCAUCCUGGUCUGAAUGGGAAGCCGGGAGGAAAAACAUGCUGAUGGUGAAGGAGGAAACGUGCUCUCCACAACAUUACCUUCUACAGGUGAUUAGACCAGACUCCCCUGAAUCUGUCAUACAUUCAAGUGAUGUAUUCCAUGUAGUUGACACUAAAGGCCGUGUAUUAUAUGUCAACACAAAACUCGGAAUUGUAGCCGAAAAUCUGUCAAAAGAACAUAACUUGCCUCACUACUCCAGUGGCCCAUCUCAUAGCCUUUUCAAAAUGUAUGACUUUGUGUUCGCGUAUUGGUGUAGGUCAUUUCCGCUAGAAUGUCACGCGUGGUUCAAACGACCGAGGCCCGGCCACUGGCCGACACCGGAAGUGCUGAGAGACGUAAGGGAGUGUGGGUGUUUUCUUGUUCCUGAUGGACACUUUGACAGCUAUUACAGAUAUGCUGAAUGGAGAAUUUCACCUAGUCUCAUUGAGAGAACACUGAUGUUUAGCAUGAAAACAGUACAGCUUAAAUGUUAUGUGGUUCUGAAGAUUCUAAAAUCACACGUCAUUAACCCAUUUUUAUAUAAUGAAGGUAAGCUGACAAGUUUUCACUGCAAAACUGCCCUGCUUUUCGCCGCGGAAAGGUUGCCUCCCAGAAUGUGGAGAGAACAUCGCCUGAUGGAAUGUAUUGUGUAUUGUUUGAAACUGUUGCUAGGGUGGACGAAUACCGGUAUGUGUCCGCACUAUAUUGUAGCAGGCGUGAAUUUUUUUGAUGGAAAAUUUACAAGCCGGCAGUUAGCAAAUCUUUCUAAGAUCCUUUCAAGUAUCAUUGACACUCACUUAAUAGUACUCGCGUGCAUACAAGCAGACGACUUAGGCAACCGGAUGUUCAGCACAAAUAUCAGAACUAUUCACUCCAGUGAUGCGUGUUACAUAUCGACAAACAAUAGUUUAUGUAGGUGGCUAAGUGUCUUUGCCCACCGUACAAUAAAAAGGCAUUUUCAGAUAAUUCUGUCUAAGACGUCUGAUUUGAUGCCUGAAUAUAUGAUUUCAUAUUUAUGCAUAUAUCUUAAAACAGUACGUACAUAUAUUCAUGUGCUGCCGUUCAAAUUUAACUAG